AUGCGCACGGCUAUUAUUUGUAGACGGAUUAAGUCGCCAUCACCGAUGCUCAUAUAUCAUCUUCUAACAGUUGUUACGGUCUCUUACACUCGCUAUUUCGAUGUUUGCCCGUCGAGAAAAAUCUCAAUUGGUGCUUGUUUGUCCGGGCUCUGUCCUCUUGGAGCUGAGUGUAUAAAUAAUUACUGUUGUAAGGAAAAAAUUGUUGCGACUACGAUAGAAAACGAGGAGAUUGAACGUUACGGUAAAUGCAGAGAUGGGCAGGACGCCACUGGUGAAUGCGCUUUGAAGCUCUGUCCAUCAGGAUACAUUUGCGUAGAUAGUCUCUGCUGCGCUGAUAACCACACCACAACUUUCAAGAUAUCAACUACAACACUGACCACACCUGGAUCCAUAAGCAUAGUCAGUGCCAAGACCUUCGUCCACACCAUUCUUCCACUCACAUCACCUUCCCCAUCUGGCUCUUCCGCCUCGUCAGAGUCUGUCGACGGAGCCCAUGUACUGGAGAUGACAGACGAACCAAACUUAGUAGAGUGGACACCCCGGAUAGGUAACCAAGGAGACAAAAAUGGAGAUACACGUGGGAUCGAGACAUCUACCGUGAAUAUGACAGAGAUAGAUUCGCGACACUCCAAAGAGCUCAAGCCAAACGAAUCCAAAGAAAUUGAGAUUACUGGAUUUGAAACUGAAAGUACUCGAAGGACACCAGUAACUACGGCAAAGCGCACAAUCAGCGCUCACGAAACAACGGUUCCUGCAUGGGAAUUUACGGAAACUUCCGUUGACACUACGAGACUACAAGAGCAGCUGUGCCCUGUAGGAGACUCUAUUGGAGAGUGCAUAAGCGACCAAUGCCCAGAAGGCCAUACUUGUUUUCAAAACGCCUGCUGUAUUAUAACUCCGCAGAUCAACUGUACCGACUCCCUCAAAGGAUGUCUGCCGCAUCUUUGCGGUAAGAGAGGGUACACAGAGUUCACAACUUCUAAAUGUGCCAAAACAUGUGCGAGAUGUCAUGCAUACGAGCUGGCGAGUGACCUAUGGUUUUUUAUGAAAGGUUCAUAA